AUGGAAGAGUUGAACUUUGACGUUAAUGCUCUUGCGAGUGAAUUAUGUGGGUAUUUAGAAAAGCUAACUGAUAAGCAAAAAUUUGCAUACGAUCAAAUAAUCACUGCUAUUAGCGGUAAUAUGGGUGGACUUUUCUUCUUAUAUGGUCAAGGUGGUUGUAGAAAAAUAUUCUUAUGGUCAACUAUAUCAUACUCAAUUCGGUCUAAUGGAGGUAUAGUUUUAAAUGUUGCUUCGAGUGGGAUUGCUGCACUUCUGUUGCCUAAUGGAAGAACUGCACAUUCAAGUUUGGCUGGUGAUACAACAGAUGGUGAAUCGAUCAUUCAUAUACCAUCUGACAUUUUGGUUAAGAACUCUGAGACAGCUUUAAAUGACUUCAUUGAUUUUGUGUAUCCAGAUAUGUUAUCCAAUUUAUCCAUUAAAAAUUAUUUCAAGGAUAGAGCAAUUCUUGCACUAACUCUGAAUUGUGUUACUGAAGUCAACAACAAGAUGACUGCAGGGUUACUCGGACAAGAAAGAGUCCACUUAAAUUCUGACGCCAUGUGUGCCGAGGAGGGAAAUAUGGAAUUUGAGUUAGAUUCUUUCUUACCAGAGAUUCUAAAUGGAAUUAAUUGUUCAGGUCUACCACCACACAAGUUGGUUGUGAAGGUUAGUGGUGGACGAAAUUGUGAUCCGCAAAACCAAACUAAUGGUUUGUGCAAUGGAACGAGAAUGCAAGUUAGAAGAACGGGAAACUAUGUGAUAGAAUACAAGACUUUAACUGGUAACAAAGUUGGAAGUAUUGUUCUUAUCCCAAGAUUGAAUCUAAUUCCAAAUAACGAAACAUUACUGGUCAGAUUUCAAAGAAGACAAUUCCCAAUUAUUAUGUCAUUUGCAAUGACAAUAAAUAAGUCUCAGGGACAAACUCUAUCAAAAGUUAGAGUAUACAUUCCAAGGCCAGUUUUCACCCAUGGUCAAUUGUAUGUUGCAUUAUUAAGAGUAACGAGUAAAGAUGGUUUGCGAGUGCUGUUGCAAGAUCACGGACACUUAGAAGAUAACUGCACGAUGAAUGUGGUAUGUAGAGAAGUUUUUGAGAGCUUAUAA